AUGGGCAACGAUACCGAUGUCGCGCAGGUAGGAUCUUUUACUACCGAGGUUCGAGACAUGCAGGGUGAAAAAGAAGCUCCCUUUUCCGAUGAUCCGGAAUGGAACACCGCGCAGAAUCGCUAUCUACGAAAGCUCGACUAUAUCAUCCUUCCGACGAUCUCGGCCCUAUACUUUUUCGAGUAUCUCGAUCGGGGAAAUAUUGCUAAUGCGAAGCUUUAUGGGUACAGUAACGGCUACGCUACUUACCAUCAUGGCAUCGGUCCUGGCGAUGGAAUGCUGUCCUCAACCCAAUGGCAAUUAGUUGUCAUGAUCUUCUAUGUCGGUCUUGUACUGUUUCAAGUACCCGGUUGCAUCGGGUAUCGGAUCUUUUCACCUUCCAAGUGGGUAGCCUUUGGGGUCUGCGGGUGGGCGAUGAUCAGCAUGCUCCAAUGCACGGCGUACAACUUGGCGGGCGCACUGGUCUGCCGAGUUUUCAUUGGAUUCCUUAAGCCUACAGCCGUGGCAGGUGCGUUCGGUGGCCUGAUUGCCUUCGGUAUUGGCCAUAUUGACGGUUCCGUACCGAAUUGGAAAUGGCUUUUUCUAAUCGAAGCCCUUCCCUGCUUCUGUCUCGGCCUAUUCUGCUUGUAUUGGCUCCCAGAUCGUCCUAUGGGCAAUUCACGCUUCUGCGGCCAAGACCAACAGAUCGCCGAAGCCCGUUAUAAGAACGAGCCAUUUGAUAAGGCAGGCAAAAUCCAGACACCCGUGUAUCUCCCGACCGCUGCCUUGCUGUCAUCCAUCUCAGGCUUCUUACCAACCAUCAUCAGCAACCUCGGCUACUCCAAACCUGCCACAGCAAACCUCAUGACCGUCCCGCCCUACGCUGCUGCCUUCAUCCUCAUGCUUGUAACCUCCUACUCCUCCGACCACUUCCGAGAAAGAGGUACCCACAUCACAGGCCUCAUGAUCGUAGCCACAAUUGCCUACGCCCUCCUCGCUACCCUUCCUGAGCACCAAUUGAAGGGCAAGUACGCCUGCGUCUGCAUCGCUGUCGCCUGCGUCUACGCCACUUACCCGCCGUCCCACGCUUGGGCCGCUAACAACUUCGGUAACGAAACCAAACGCGCCAUCGGAAUGGGCUAUUACAUGGCUCUCGGCAACCUGGGCAGACCUCAGUUCAAAAAGGGCCAUUUCAUUUGUAUGGGGCUUGCGAUUGCCACAGGUAUUAUUGCGUUAGGAAAUAGUCUGCUUCUUCGCGCGAUCAAUAACUAUCGGGAUCGGAAGUUUGGGAAGCCGGAGGCUGGGGUUGCGGUUGAUGUUACAGAUUUGGCGGAUAAUAGUCCUAUGUUUCGGUUUAUUACCUAG